GAGAGACGAGACACACACGCGGAUUACACGUACCGUACGACUCAGCCAAAUAAAGGAGGCUGACGUAUCCUUUGACCGCCGAAGAAAGACGAAAACGAGUCUUUGAGAGGAACACUCACGAAGAAUAAGAAGAAAACCUCACCUCCCCUGGCCCUGAGAGAAGACGAAUCAUAGAAUCUUAUUUAUCUGAUCGAGCCAACGGAUUGAGUGUACUUUCCGCCUUAGCUUUCUCAACUUUCGUGUGGAAUCCAAACACCAUGGAUGAACGCAAUAGGAAUCCAUUUGCAACUGCAAGUGGAGGAGCAGGGGGCAGUACAAGUGCGAGUUCCAACUCCAGUUUUAGUAGCAGUGUGGCGGAUACAGAGGAUGAUCAGACCAUUGCGCGUAUAUUAACUGAAGAUGAUAGCUUAAGAAGAGAGGGCAUGCUUGGGAAGAGACUCUCUCAUUUAGAUUCUAUCCCUCACACUCCUCGUGUUAACAAUCAAAUACCCGAUAUAAAUGAUGCAACAUUAGACCAUGAGCUGCUCUCUGUGAGGUUGGCCACAUAUGGUUUAGCUGAACUACAGAUGGAGGGGGAUGGUAAUUGCCAGUUCCGAGCUCUAGCAGACCAGCUUUUCCGUAAUCCAGAUUACCAUAAGCAUGUUAGGAAGCAUAUCGUAAAGCAGUUGAAAAGGCAACGAAAGUUAUACGAAGGAUAUGUACCGAUGAAAUACAGACACUACACCAGGAAGAUGAAAAAACCGGGUGAAUGGGGAGAUCACGUUACUCUUCAAGCUGCUGCAGAUCGUUUUGAAGCGAAGAUCUGCUUAGUCACAUCAUUUCGGGAACAAUCCUACAUCGAGAUACUUCCCCAUAACAAGAAUCCUCUUAAAGAGGCUUGGCUUAGCUUCUGGAGCGAAGUUCAUUACAAUUCUCUAUACUCUAGUGGAGUUCCUUACUCUUCCAGAUGUUCCCACAAGACAAUACAGGAAGAAGCAUUGGCUCUUCUAGGAUUGGAUUCAUAUGUAUGUAUAGUAUACUCAGAUUGUGUGUCAACUUUGUAAUAACCUCACUCUGUUACAUUGGUUUCAUGAUUGUUUCCAUCUCAACACUUGCAUCGUAAAAGAACCGAGUAAACGUAGAUAUGUUAUUUAUAUAAUCAUCUGAUUUUUUUUUUGACA